AUGGAGCUCGCCGCGACAGACAAUCAGAGCAGCGCAAAGAAACGUGCGCCAAAAGCUUGUCGACGCUGCCGUCGCCAGAAGAUUAGAUGCACGGGAUCACGUCCUUGUGAAGCAUGCGCCAAGAGAAAGUUGACAUGUCACUUUGACGAUCACGCUCAAAAGAUUCUCGUGACAAGAGGUUAUAUAAACGACCUCGAGAAGCGCGUAGCCUCCUUUGAGCGACAAAGCCGAGGCGAUAUAGGAGCCCCAGGUAUCUCGGAUGAACAAGCAACUCCUGAAGAGACUCUAGAGCCCGAGGAGAACGACGAAGACGACAACAUCAGCGAUAGUGUUGGUAGGCAAAAUCUAAGCGCCACAUACCAACCAGAAGCCUCGUAUCCUCAGUCACCAUCGAGACCCCCAGAGGAGCCUCGUUCUCUCCGGGGUUCUCCAGGCGCAUCCCUCAUGAAUCCUCUUGUGCUUGGCUUUCCCAGCUACUUUCCCGACACAAGUGGCAGGCCCAUCUACUUAGGGACAUCGUCCAACUGGUCAUUCGGGCGAAGAGUCCUUGCGAUGACCCACGAGAGAGUCAUGCGGGCGCCUCUUCCUCCGGACAAUCUGCUCUUCGAGGGUAAAUCCUACGAUUUAGGGUGGGAUGGAAAGAGGAACACUUCACUAGAGUCUCCAUCUGAGGACCCUGCACUUCCAUCGGCCGAUUUUGCCAUGUACCUCAUCAACGCCGUCAAGUUCCACUGCGGUCAGCUUUUCCAUCUUUUUGAGGAGGACAAGUUUAUGCAACAAUUCUCCCAGUUCCACGAAAAUCCGACUCAAGCACCGUCUAGUCUUUGGUUCAUCCACUACCUUCUGAUCCUUGCCUUUGGGAAGGCAUUUGUGGUCCAGAGCAGCAAAGGUCGAAAGCCUCCGGGGGCGGAGCUUUUCGUCCAUGCAAUGAAGCUUAUGCCAGAUCUUGCCUUCUACAGUGCUGAUCCCAUCGAGGCGAUACAAGUCCUAUGCUGCGCCGCUCUUUAUUUACAAUGUCUCGAUUUCCGUGGGGCCGCUUAUCGCAUUAUUGGCCAAGCUCUCCGCAUGGCCUUGGAGAAUGGAAUGCAUACAGAAAUGCGCAGUCAGCAAGUGGAUAGUGAUUUGGCGCAAAGAUAUCGGAAAGUCUGGUGGACAGUCUAUAUUCUUGACCGUCAGAUGUCGUCCCUCAUGGGUGUACCGAUGGGGAUUGCAGACGAAUCGAUAAGUGCAGAGUUACCAACUUUCUCCGGUCAGCCUCAAAGGUCAACGGCGAUGAAUAUUCAGAUAAACCUCUCCAAAGUGUUGGCACAAAUCCUUAACACUGUGUAUGGAGCCGAGGGCCGGCUAGACAAACGAUUCCUGACUGUCGCCAAAGACGCCUUGAAAAGCGUUGCAAAUGUUACAGACCAAUUGAACAGCUCCUUUGAGUUUCUGGGAAACGGCUCAAAGACCAGCAUUUCAAGGCUUUCUGCAUAUCUGCAUCUGCUGUACCAUCAAUGCAUUGUUCUUACGACGAGACCGAUACUGUACACAUUUCUUCAAUCGAAGCUCCGUCAAUCGAAUAUAAACCUGGUCGAACUGCUUCAAUCGGGAAGUGUUCGGACUUUAUUGCAAAUGUGUAUUGAGUCAGCUCAGCAGAUGAUCACGAUUCUUUCCGCUCUACAAGACCAUAGUCUUCUCGAAAGCUUCCUCCCUUUUGAUCUAGAUGCCACAUUUACCUCGGCGAUAGCGCUUUUGAUGGCGGCAACCGUGGAUUCCUCUCUGGUCAAAGACUGCUCGCCUUGGUUGCAGCGGUCACAUGCAGUUUUUGACGAGAUGAUUUCUCGCGGCAAUAGAGUUGCUCGAAUGAUCAAAUCCGAGCUCCAACAGCUGGAAAACAUCCUUAAUCGACUUUCCUCGAAUGAGGAGAAUCAGCCUGUCAUCUUCACUCGGCCCUCAAGCCUUCGUGGCUCUCUGUCCCAGGAUGACCGUCAUUUUCGCACUGCUGCAGCUCAACCUUCGCUGAUACCGCUCGCCCCUCCACCCUAUACAGCCUCGUCGCAGCCCACUAAUAAUGACUUCCCCAUGGACGAACUUAGCUGGCAGGAUGGAAUCACAGCAGAGCAGCUUUUGAACUUUGCGGACUCGAUGGAUCUCAGUGCUCUGGAUUGGUUGUCUGCGGAAGCUGAACAGUAAUU